AUGGCCCCCGUCAAGUCUACCGUCGUCAAGAAGCAAAAGUUCAUCAUUGACUGCUCUGCCCCCGCCAACGACAAGAUCUUUGAUGUCGCUGCCUUUGAAAAGUUCCUCCAUGACCGCAUCAAGGUUGAGGGCCGCACCAACAACUUGGGUGAUGCCGUUGUUAUCUCCCGCACCGGUGAUAACAAGGUUACCGUUGUUGCCAACAUUGCUUUCUCCAAGCGCUACUUGAAGUACCUUACCAAGAAGUUCUUGAAGAAGAACCAAAUCCGUGACUGGUUGCGCGUUAUUGCCACUGACAAGCAAACCUUCGAGCUCCGUUACUUCAACAUUGCCAACGAUGAGGAGGCUGAGGAUGAGGAAUAA